AUGGUGGGGUUUGAAACCUUUCUUGAACCUUCUUCUACAGAGAGAAAAACUGGCAUGGCAUAUGAUGUGCCUGAGGGAGUGGACAUUAGGGGCAAAUAUGAUGCAGAAUUUGCAAAAAUUUUGACCAAGGAUGCUCUGCAAUUUGUGGCUGAUUUGCAGAGGGAGUUCAGGAACUAUAUUAAGUACGCUUUGGAAUGCAGAAAGGAGGCUAAAAUUAGAUACAAUAACGGGGGUUUACCGGGGUUUGAUCCGGCCACGAAAUACAUAAGGGAAGGAGACUGGGUUUGUGCCACCGUGCCGCCGGCGAUUGCUGAUCGCAGGGUGGAAAUUACAGGGCCUGUGGAGAGGAAGAUGAUCAUCAAUGCACUCAAUUCUGGAGCCAAAGUUUUCAUGGCUGAUUUUGAGGAUGCUCUCUCACCAAGCUGGGAGAACCUAAUGCGCGGACAAGUUAACUUAAAGGAUGCUGUUAAUAGGACUAUAAGCUUCCAUGACAAAGCUAGAAAUCGGGUUUACAAGCUUAAUGAUCAGACGGCUAAGCUUUUUGUUCGUCCAAGAGGCUGGCACCUACCCGAGUCUCACAUCUUCAUUGAUGGUGAACCAGCUGCCGGUUGCCUAGUGGACUUCGGUCUCUAUUUUUUCCACAACUGCAUGGCGUUUCCCCAGACACAAGGUGAAGGCUUCGGGCCUUUCUUCUAUCUCCCGAAAAUGGAACACUCGAGGGAAGCAAAAAUUUGGAACAAUGUAUUUGAGAGGGCAGAAAAAUUGGCUGGAAUUGAGAGGGGAAGCAUUAGAGCCACUGUUUUGAUUGAAACACUUCCAGCCGUUUUUCAAAUGGAUGAAAUUCUGUAUGAGCUAAGAGACCAUUCUGUUGGUCUGAACUGUGGUAGAUGGGAUUAUAUAUUCAGCUACGUCAAGACUUUCCAGGCUCACCCAGAUCGCCUUUUGCCUGAUAGAGUUCUAGUGGGAAUGACUCAGCACUUCAUGAGAAGUUACUCUGAUUUGCUCAUCAGAACCUGUCACAGGCGUGGCGUGCAUGCCAUGGGAGGAAUGGCCGCUCAGAUUCCAAUCCGGGACGACCCAGUGGCAAACGAGGCAGCCUUGGAAUUGGUAAGGAAGGACAAAUUGAGAGAAGUGAAGGCUGGGCAUGAUGGGACAUGGGCAGCCCACCCGGGACUGAUCCCUGCCAUCAUGGAAGUCUUCACCAACAGCAUGGGCAACGAGGCGAACCAAAUUCACACCGUGAAACGCGAAGAUGUGGCCAACUUGACUGAAGACGACCUCCUGCAGAGGCCAAGAGGUGUACGAACCAUGGAAGGCUUCCGUCUUAACACCAGGGUUGGAAUCCAGUACUUGGCAGCAUGGCUCACGGGAACCGGAUCCGUUCCCCUAUACAACCUCAUGGAGGAUGCAGCCACAGCUGAAAUAAGCCGAGUCCAGAACUGGCAGUGGUUGAAAUAUAGAGUCCAAUUGGAUGGAGAUGGCCUGGGUGUGAAGGUGACUCGUGAGCUCUUCGGGCGAGUAGUUGAAGAGGAAAUGACUAGGAUUGAGAGAGAAGUUGGCCAAGAGAAAUUUAAGAAAGGAAAGUACAAGGAGGCUUGCAAGAUUUUUACCAGACAGUGCACUACACCAAUUUUAGAUGAUUUUCUGACCCUUGGUGCCUAUAAUCAUCUUGUCAUCCACUACCCCAAGGGAUCAUCCUCUAGGCUCUAA